AUGGAGGCCAUCUCGACCUUGCGCGUUGCUGGCAGCGCCAUUCAGGUGAUUGACUACGGUGUGCGCUUCCUCUCAACGCUCAGAGAGCUCAGCAGGUCAGACGAUGGCACCAUUGAGGAGUUCCGGGACAAGCGUACCGGCGCGCAACAUCUGAGGCAGCUGGCCCGCAGCCUGGUUGUGGCUCUGCAUAAGGAGCGCUCGCUUCGCCCGCUCAGUGACCUCGAGCAGUCCAUCCUCUCGCUGUGCACCGAAACAAACAGGGUUGGCGAGCAGCUGGUGAAGAAGCUAGACGAGCUGCGUCUCGACGGAAAGAAGGCCACUGCCGUGUCCGCGGCUCGCGCGGCUCUCUCCACGCUGUGGCGGCGUGACGACAUCGAAGCCCUUGAGCAGCAGUUGCUGAAUCAAAGGGACUCGCUUACAAGCGCCAUAUUGGCAAGCAUUUUGCAAGACCUGCACAAUAGUGCCCGGCAUGGCGUCGCCUCACCGCUGCCCUGGAACGACACUCAGACACUCCAGGUCUGGGUAGACCAGCAAAGCAAAAACAUGAAGACACUAGAGCGGCUCCUCCUGCACGCCGUGUCCGAGAGCAGCUGGCGCGCCAUAAAGGGCCUAGAGGACCGCACGUGGAAUGGGAUCCAGCCGUGGGCAGAGGCGCCAGUUGUGCAGACGCUGCAGUCGGCUCUCCUGGAGCGACUUCAGUAUCCGGAGAGGCUGGACCGCGAGGCUCGCAUUCCUGAGGCAUUCAACAGGACCUUUGAUUGGAUAUUCUCGGACCGCGUGGCCUGUGAGACGGCAGAGCGGCCAUGGAGCAGCUUCAGGCACUGGCUCGAGUCCGGCGACAGCGUCUACUGGAUCACUGGAAAGCCAGGGUCCGGAAAGUCGACGCUUAUGAAGUUGCUCUAUCACGAGCCUCGCACCGCCGAGUACCUCAGGACGUGGGUCGGCCCCUGCGGCGACCUCAUCAUUGCCGGCUUCUACUUUUGGCAUGCGGGGACGGAGCUGCAGACGUCUCACGAAGGACUCUUCAGGUCUCUUCUACAUCAGGCCCUAUCAAAGCGUCUGGCCAUGAGCGCCGACUCUGCCGUGCCAAGCAAGUGGAGCGCCUUCAGUCUUGCUGUACUAGGCGUGAGAGAGUCUCCGCUUUCGUGGGAGCAACUUGUGCAGGGGCUGCGUCUUCUCGUCGAAGAGGAACCCGAGUCUCUUGUCAAAUACGCAUUCUUCAUCGACGGGUUGGACGAGUACGUUGGCGACUCGACCAGGUUGAUCUCUCUGCUCCGAAACCUCUCUUCAUACCCAAACGUGAAGGUCUGCGUGUCGAGCAGGCCGUGGGUCGUCUUCGAGGAUGAGUUCAGGCAGGCGGCCAACUUGAUGCUCCAACACAGGACGCAUAACGACAUCGCGCUUUAUGCGGAGCAGAAUCUGACGACUAAUACUGCGUUUCGAGAGCUGCAGGAGUACAGUCCGGAAUAUGCCUCGAAACUUAUUCACAAUAUCACCGACAAAGCCUCUGGAGUUUUCCUCUGGGUUGUACUCGUCGUGCGGUCCCUCAUUGAAGGUCUCGAGCAGGGAGACAGGCCGUCGGAACUGCAGGACAGGCUCGACGGGCUGCCGGCGGAGCUGGACGAACUGUUUACAAAGAUGCUGCAUGGACUCAAGGGGCGCCACUUUCGAGAUGCGGCUCACCUGUUCCGCAUGGUCAAAGCUUCAGAGCGGAAGCCCUCUGUUCUCACCAUGUCGUUUGCUGAUAAUGACGAUGCUGACUGGGCACUGAACCGUCCAGUGGCUCCUCUUGACUCCAAGGAGAUAUGGUAUCGAGCUGUCACGAUGAAGCGGCGACUGGUCAGUAGGUGCAAAGGGUUGCUUGAAGUCGGCCCGCUUUCCGAACCGCCAAGUUCCCAGCAUCAAGGCAGCAAUCCAACGGCCGAGGGGGAUGCUGGUUCAGGCAAGACUCGCGAUGAGCCACCGCCGGGCCUAGCCGAACGCCCCGCCAGGGCGGUCAUGGAAAUCCCCCCGGAGGACGGCCCAUUGCUUGCGGCAGCUGAGAUAGACUACCUGCAUCGCACGGUCGAAGACUUUCUCUCGAUCCCCCGGAUUUGGACGUUGAUCGUCGAGGCUUGCGACGAAAGCUUUGAUCCAUACGCAGCUCUUUUCAAGGCGCACUUGGCACACUUGAAGAACCUCGCACCGACAUUCCUAUUGGCAAUUACCUUCGUACCAGCUAUCUCAAGGUGCCUUGAGCCAUUAAGUCACCUCGCUGACCGCGACGUCGCACUCCACGUCCGGUAUUUACACAUAUUGGACAGCACGGCCACCACGCUGGCCAGCAGGCCAAACGACAAGGGACCCUGCCUAAUUCAGCAGUACUGGACCUCGGGCGACCACCACUGGGCUAGCAUCCUGAACAAGGGCAGACCGAGCGAUGGCUUUCUCGUGUUUGCCGUUCGCUGCGGCCUCACAGAGUAUGUGCAAGCGCAGCUUGAGGGCGUGCCGCCGCCACGCCAACUGGUACGCGAGCUUCGCGAGGCCGCCACCCGGAGAGCCAUGCCGCGGUUAUGCUCGUGGGGUGGCCGGGACUUUAACAAGAAGAAAAGCGGAAUCCUCAAGCUCCUCGCCUCGGUAGACGGGCGACUCGAUGAGGGCGACGGGAGCGAGUCGGACUGUGCCAGCUCACUGGCGUCCGUCUCCGCCAUAAUGAACGGGGUCACUGGCAGGGGGUCGUUGACUCGCAACCCGAAACCCAGGCCCUACAACUCUUCACCGCCUGAAGACGACGACAUUAAGGUUGAUAAAGUGCGGAAGGAGACACCUCGGCGACCGUCGAUCGUGGAUGCCAGGGCGCCGGCCAGGCGCUCCAGGCUUUCGUCCCUGAAGGCUAAGGCAAAGGCCUAUCUCUCGCACGAAGAGGAGAACAGGUAG